AUUCAGACAUCUGUUCCGAGCCGAGAGGAGAGCAGCGGUAACGUCGGAGCGUUUUGCACCGUAACACCUCUGUGAGACACCGGACUGACAAACAGCGGCUCCUGCGCGGCGUUAGACACUUUAAUCUGACUCGUUUGUGAUAAUAAGCGGUUAGUUUUAUUUAACAGGCUGCUACAGCUCGUCACCAUGACCGCCCUGUCGCUGCUUUUGAUGGCCGUGUCGGCCGCAUCUGUACUGGCCGAGUCCGCUGUGUAUUUUCGGGAGCAAUUUGAAGACGGGGAUGCCUGGAAGAGUCGCUGGCUGGAGUCCAAGCACAAGUCAGACUACGGCCUGUUUGUCCUGACCGCAGGGAAGUUCUACGGAGACGCAGAGAAAGACAAAGGUCUGCAGACGAGCCAGGACGCCCGCUUCUACGCCUCGUCAGCCCGUUUUGAUGACUUUAGCAACAAGGGCGAGCCUCUAGUCAUCCAGUUCACUGUGAAACAUGAGCAGAGCAUCGACUGUGGUGGUGGCUACAUCAAACUGUUCCCAUCUGGCCUCAACCAAGAGGACAUGCAUGGAGACUCUGUCUACAACAUCAUGUUUGGUCCUGACAUUUGUGGUCCUGGCACAAAGAAGGUUCAUGUCAUCUUCAACUACAAAGGCAAGAACCAUCUGAUUAACAAGGACAUCAGAUGCAAGGAUGAUGAGUACUCCCACUUGUACACACUGAUUGUCAACCCCGACAACACUUACGAAGUCAAGAUCGACAAUAAGAAGGUCGAGUCCGGCAAUCUGGAGGAUGACUGGGACUUCCUGCCUCCCAAAAAAAUUAAGGACCCUGAAGCCAAAAAGCCAGAGGACUGGGAUGACAGGGAGAAGAUUCCCGACCCUGACGAUAAGAAAACAGAGGACUGGGACAAGCCCGAGAACAUCCCAGAUCCUGAUGCUAAGAAGCCUGAUGACUGGGAUGAUGAGAUGGACGGAGAGUGGGAGCCACCUAUGGUCACUAACCCUGAAUACAAGGGUGAGUGGAAGCCCAGAGAGAUCAGCAAUCCUGCCUACAAAGGCAAGUGGAUCCACCCUGAGAUUGACAACCCGGAGUACACGGCUGAUUCUGAGAUUUAUAAAUAUGACAGCAUCGGCGUGAUUGGUCUCGACUUGUGGCAGGUCAAGUCUGGUACUAUCUUUGAUAACUUCCUGAUCACCAACGACCCAAUCCUGGCAGAGGAAGUAGGCAACGACACAUGGGGUAAAACUAAGGACGCAGAGAAGAAGAUGAAGGAAAGCCAAGAGGAGGAGAGGAAGAAACAUGAGGAGGAGGACAAGCAGAGGAGAGAAGAGGCAAAGGAGGAAGACGAGGAGGAAGAAGAGAAGGACGAGGAGGAGGAGGAAGAUGAAGAAGAGGAGGAGGACGGGGGGGAAGAGCAGGAGGAGGAGGAAGAAGAGGAUGAUGAAGGCACAGACUCUAAACUCAAGGACGAGUUAUAAACUGCUCUGAAAAUAACCAGACUGUCAAUGAGCCAUUGGAACAAGGCUGGAGACUGAGAUGAUGGACCCUCAUCCUCAUGACUGACACCCGGGCUGGGGGUUGGGUGGGAUAGGUUUUUCUUCAUUUCUUUGUUUGUUUACAAAACAAGGGAGUAGGUGGAAAAGGGUAAUUAUUGGUCUGUUUCCAUGUGCUACUACUACUUUUAUUAUUAUUAUUAUUAUUAUUAUAUUAUUAUUAUUAUUAUUAUUUAAAAUAUAAUAAUAAUAUUAUUAUUCAUUAUUAAAUGAGUGAAUGUGAUAGGAAAAAAAUGAAGAUGUCAUAACGAAUGUCAAGACAGGAAAUCAUCAAACUUUUCACAGUUUAUACCCAACAGUCAUUUGUGUUCUGCAAAAAUGUGGGUUUUUUAUUUAGGUAAUGUUGUGGUGACAUGAAAAAAAGCUAUAUUUUGGUUUGUGGAAUGAUACCAUGAAACUGUUUUGUUCACUCAUGUU